AUGUUCGAAUAUUCUAUUUGUUUAAAACUUUACGGUAAAGAAUCAGUUUUUCAAGUUACAAAAGAUGAAAAUGCAUUUAGAGAAAACGGUUUAAUUGGAAUGAAUUUACUUUACGAUCAAAAAUUUAAAAUUGACUUGGAAAAAGGUAUUUUAAAUUUAGGGCCUAAAAUACUUCAUCCGCAAUCUAGUGCAGAUAAGAGAGAUAAAAUCUGUUUCAUUAAUUUUGAAGGAGGAUAUUCAGCAGUUACAAAAUACAAUUAUGAAGGAAAACCGAUUUUACCACUAAAUACAGCAAAAAUUGAAAGUAUGUAUGAUGCUUAUGAAGACUUAUGGAUAGAUUCUAUAAAUAAAUUGAGUGACGAAAAAAUUUAUCAAUUCAACAGUAGUGAAAGAAUUAAAGAAUUACUAUCGAAAACACGACUAGACCACAUAAAAGAAGGAAAAGAAGAUUUACUAAGAAUUAUAACAGAAUUUCACGACAUUUUUCCAUUAGGAAACGACCCUUUACCUUUAACUAAAUUAACAGAGCAUACAAUUAGAACGACAGACGAUCAACCUGUAAAUACAAAACAAUAUAGAUAUCCACCUAUGUUACAGGAAGAAGUUUACGAACAAAUUAACGAAAUGUUAAAGAAAAAUAUUCUUCGAGAAAGCAUGUCUCCUUUCAAUUCACUGUUGUGGAUAGUUCCAAAGAAAAAAGACGCUUCAGGCAAAGUAAAAUGGCGAAUUGUUAUAGAUUAUCGGAAACUAAAUGAAAAAACUAUUUUAGAUAAAUAUCCUUUGCCAUGUAUUGAUGAGAUUAUUCAACAAUUAGAAAAUUCUAAAUUCUUUUCUUGCUUUGAUCUUGCUUCCGGAUUUCAUCAAAUAGGAAUGAAUCCCAAGGACAAAGAAAAAACAGCUUUUAGCACAAACGAAGGUCAUUAUGAAUAUAAUAGAAUGCCUUUUGGUUUAAAAAAUGCCCCUCCAACAUUUCAAAGAAUGAUAAAUAAUGGAUUAAAAGGACUAAUAGGUAAUGGAUGUUUUGCUUAUAUUGACGAUAUUAUUGUUUACGGAAGAACUUUGGAAGAACAUAAUAAAAAUUUGAAGAAUUUGUUUAUAAGACUACGACAAGUUGGACUCAAAUUACAGCCUGAUAAAUGCGAAUAUUUGCGACCAGAAUUGGAAUAUUUAGGUCAUGUUAUUACAAAAGAAGGUAUAAAGCCAAAUCCAGAUAGAAUUGAAAAAGUGAAGAAUUAUCCAAGACCAAAAACUCAAAAACAGAUUAAGCAAUUUUUAGGGCUUAUUGGUUAUUACAGGAAAUUUAUUAAAAACUUCUCUAAAAUAGCAAAUCCAUUAACUAAACUACUACGAAAGGAAAUUACAUUUGAGUGGACACAGAAAGAAGAAAACGCAUUUUCCGAAUUAAGAGAUAAAUUAAUAUCAGCACCGAUUCUACAAUUUCCAGAUUGGAAUCAAGUUUUCGUUUUAACAACUGAUGCAUCAAAUGAAGGAUUAGGAGCAAUUUUAUCACAAGGACAAAUCGGAGAAGAUAAACCAAUAGCAUUUGCUUCAAGAACAUUAAAUAAAGCUGAAAUAAAUUACACGACGACUGAAAAAGAAUUAUUAGCAAUUUUAUGGGCAGUUAAACAUUUUAGACACCAUCUUUUUGGACGAAGAUUUAAAAUUGUAACAGAUCACAAACCCUUAGUUUGGUUAUUUAAUGUAAAAGAUCCGACAAGCAGAUUAAUGAGAUGGAGACUAAAAUUGGAAGAAUAUGAUUAUGAAAUUAUUUAUAAGAAAGGAGUUGCUAACACAAAUGCUGACGCCUUAUCGCGAAUUCCAAGGGUUCAGAUGACAACAGAUGGUACAUAUGACACGUUAGAACAGCAGAACGCGCGUACUACAGGUGUAAACGAAGAAAAUGAUAACAUGGAAAUAGAUACGCAAACAGAAGUCGACAAUUCAAUAGUUGAUGACGAAAAUAAAAACGAAAAUAUGGAAAUAGAUUCACAGACGGAAGAAAGUGAUCAAUCAAUAAUUAAAGAUGAAUUUAAAGUAAUAAAGACUAUAAAAUUGAUUACAGGUACUAAAGAAAAACGACAAGGAUAUGAAAAUUAUUCUCUUUUGGAACCGAUAAGUAAUUUGAGAAGUAUACUUAAACCUAUAAGAGACACAAAUUAUAUUUGGAAAAUAUUAGUUUAUGGAAGGAAAACAAUACCAAAAGAAAGAGCUAUAUACAAAGUAGUAAGAGAUUUUAACGAGGAAACAGAAGUACAAUGGAUAAGAGAUAUACCUCAAAUAGAAAAUGAUGACGCGAAUAAAAUACGAUUGAAAAGAAAUAAAAUAGAACAAACCGGACAGUUAAUCAUAAGACAAGAAUUUGGACCGACAAAGAUAAAAGAAAUUUGGAUAACGAACGAAGAAACAGAAGAAGAUAACAAAAUAAAAAUUAGUCCUCAGGUGACAAAUGACCAAUUAACAGAAUUCUUAGAAAAAGAAACUAGAGAAGAAAGAAUAAGAAUUAUUUACGAAGAUAUAGAUGAAAGCAAAAUAUCAAGAAUUCUUUUUAAAAUGUGGAAAGGCGGUGAUAAGGAAAUAUAUUUAAUAAAGAAACACAUUGAAACAAAUAGAAGAAAAAUUAUAGCAGAAGCACAUGAAGGAAUAUUAGGAGGACACUAUUCUAAGGAUAUUACAGUGCAGAAGAUAAGAAAUAUGACAAACUGGCCCAACAUUACAAAAGAUGUUGAAGACUUUAUCAAAACAUGUGAUCUAUGUCAACGAUUUAAACAAAAUGAAAGAAAGCAGGAAUAUUAUGAAGAAUCAGAUAUACCAGAAGGACCAAAUGAUAAAAUAUCAAUAGAUCUAGUGGGACCAUUAAAUGAAACUACGAGCGGAAAUAAAUACAUUUUGGUGAUUCAAGAUUUUUUGACUAGAUAUGUGCAUUUGGAAUCAUUGAAGGACAAAUCAGCAACUUUAGUCAUAGAGGCUAUGUGGAAAGGAUAUUUAAAAACGAACGGAAAACCCUUAGAAAUACUUACUGAUAAUGGAAAAGAAUUUAUUAAUAACGAAUUCUCAGAUUUAAUGACCGAAUUAAAAAUAAAACAUGUAAAAACUUCAGUUUAUCACCCACAAAGUAAUGGAAAGAAUGAAAGAUCACACAAGAAGAUUAACGAAUAUUUAAGUAUUUAUGCGCAAAAAGAUGAAUGGUAUAAAGAGUUACCCAAAGCAAUGUUAACAUACAAUAUGACAAUAAACAGAAUUACAGGAUUUUCUCCGUUUGAACUACAGAAUGGCAGAAAAGCAAGAGAAGCAUUUGAAACAGCAAACAAAAUAACGAACCUCGUAAAGAAAAACGAAUUAAAACAAUUAGAACAUGAAAACAAAUUACAUGUUGCAAGAAGAAAUAUCAAUGAAUCUCAAAGAAAACAAAUUCUGACUGAUAAAAAGACAAUUGCAGUUGGGGAAUAA